AUGAGGCCAGCGACAUGGGCCAGCAGAAGACAAAGUGGAGUCUCCAGGCAUGUGAUGGAGGCCACCGGACUGGCGUGGUUGCUUCUGGCCCAGCUGACGGAUGCCCUCCCUGGGCAUUUUGACUGGCGUCACGGGGUCGGGCCGCGAGGCGGCUGCGGGGAGUGCAGGCCGGAGAGGUGCCCUACAGGGGGGCCCCCUUGCCCAGCCGGGCAGGUGCGGGACACCUGCGGCUGCUGCUGGGAGUGCGGGAACGGAGAGGGGCAACUCUGCGACCCCGACCCGUCCUCCACCCGCUUCUAUGGUCGCUGCGGGGAUGGCUUACGGUGUCGUUCCCUGCCGCGCCGGGAUCCGGGACUCGACGGGGAGAGCCCCCAGGCCCGGUGUGUCUGCUCUCGACAGGAGGCUCUCUGCGCUUCCGACGGGAAGACCUACGACAACAGCUGCCAGCUUCGUGCCGCUCGCUACGGUCAGGCCAGGGAGGUCAAGCUCACGCUGGAGCACCGCGGGCCGUGCAGAGCCAGGCCAAUUAUUACCACUCCGCCUCGUGAUGUCAUCACUCUGGAUGGAAGUGACGUCAUCUUUGGGUGUGAGGUUUCGUCCUACCCAAUGGCCGUGAUUGAAUGGAGGAAAGAGGGGAACAGCAUCUUCCUUCCUGCUGAUGACUCCAACAUGGCUGUCCAGGCACAAGGAGGACCCCGGCGCUUUGAACUCACAGGCUGGCUCCAUAUCCAGAAGGUCCGGAGGGCUGAUGAGGGUGUAUACACCUGCACUGCCAAGAACAAGUACGGGGAGGUGUCCGUGUCAGCCAGAUUGCAGGUUGUGGAGAAAGACUCACAACUGGUUCAUCAACUGCAAAAACCAAAAAAAGGAGUCUAUAACCUUUCAGAUGAUGAGGAAGAUGAAGAAGAUGAAGACUAUGAGGGCUUGUCAAAGUUGACGAGUGAGGCCCCAACGUUCUCCUCUCAGUGUGAGGGCGAGUAA